AUGGCCGCAGAGCAGCGAAGGCUGCUAGAGCAGCUCAUGGGCGCCGGAGCCAUGACUGGCUUCGACCAGCAAGCGCCCAAGCUCGACAUCACCGAUCCGAAGGUCUGCAAAUCCUACCUCGUUGGCAACUGCCCCCACGAUCUGUUCACGAACACGAAACAAGACUUCGGACCCUGCCCCAAAGUCCACAAUGAGGCCCUCAAAACCGAAUACCAGGAAGCCUCGGAACAGCAGAAGCGCGCCUGGAACUUCGACUGGGAAUACUUUCUAGACAUGCAGAAAUACGUGAGGCAGUGCGAUGCGCGCAUUAAGGAGGCGCAAACUCGGCUUGAGAAGACAGUAGACGAGAUCCGUCUCUCCAACCAAUAUCUCAACACCAUCAAAGAGCUCAACAAGUCGAUUGAAGCGGGCAUGCUAGAGGUGCAGAUCAUGGGCGAGGAGGGCAUGGUCAAGAUGGCUGUCGACGAGUUCUACAAGCUUCGCGUCAAGAAGGCUGAGAAGGAAGAGACGGAGAAGAUGCUGCGGAAUUUGACCGAGACGGGCGGCCCUUCAGGACACCAGAAGCUUCAAGUGUGCGACGUGUGCGGUGCGUACCUCAGUCGACUCGACAACGAUCGACGGUUAGCAGAUCACUUCUACGGCAAGAUGCAUCUCGGUUACGCCCAGAUGCGCAAGUCGUACGAUGCACUCCAAAAGAUAGUCAAGGGCCGUGCCCCUCCUGCGCGGGACUCGUAUGCCCCGCCUGGCGAAGACAGGAACGGCUAUGGUGGAGGAGCUUGGGGAGGAGGAGGCUACGGCGGCGGUGGCGGAUUCGGCGGCGGCCGAGGCGGGCGACGCGGAGGUCGUGGUAGAAGAGGAGGCGGUUGGUAA